AUGAGCUUUUUCAAAGUUACACAGCUACUUAUAGCCAUGCUCCUCGCAAGUAUAGCUCUUUCGAUAGUAGUUAACGCGGACAAAACCGAGGUUGGUACGGGUGCCUCGAGGCGAUCGGACAUCAUUGCAGAUAAAUCCCAGACUACCGAGGAAGAGAGAGUGUUCAAGUUUGACACAAUCCCUGGCAUUGGUAUUGCCAGCUCAAUGCUCGAGAAAGCACAGCUACAGCUUUGGCUCGCUUUAGGAAAAUCGGCAGACGACGUGUUGAGCACGAUGAAGCUGACGUCAGUUGAGGGCAAUACACUGGCAAACCCGAAAUUUCAAGCAUGGCUUAAGUACGUCGAUGAUUUUAACCAGAAGAACCCACGCGAAAGCAAACCAGCGGCCAUGGCGCUAACUUCUCACUACGGAGACAAUAAAAAUGGCCAGGCUCGGCUUUCACGUAUACUUGAUGCUGGGAUGGAGGAUGAACACACGAAAGCGAUUGCGCUUAAGCUAUACGAGCAAAGGUUGGAGAGCUGGGAGAAAAAGAACAUUCCCCCGCUGGACGUCUUCAACCAUCUACGGCUUGACGAGGAUAAUCUACUCACGAGUCCGCUCUUAGCUCCCUGGCUCAAGUAUGCGAAAGAAUUUCACGGACGCAACCCCGACAAGAUGUCACCAAUGACCACGCUAUCCAUUCGUCUUAACGACGGAGAGUUGGAAAAAGUACUUGAGAACGGACUGAAUUCUGAUAGAACGAAGGACAUUGCCACAAAACUGAAGAACGAGUUAUUCGCGGAGUGGGGGGCGCAGAAGCGUACACCCGACUUCCUAUUUGAAAAUUGGCUACUCCUAUCAUUGGACAGAAAAGCCCCGAGUCUUUCGGAUCCGGUACUAAAAAUUUGGAUUCGGUUCAUGGAUGAGUUCAAUAUAAAACACCCAGGGGAGAAAACAACAUUGUUCGAUACGCUCAGGCGUCAUUACCACGAGGGUGCCAUAGUAGAUAUGCUCGUCGAUGCCAAGAGGGACCCGACCACGAAAGCUUUGGCUGAAAAUUUGGAAUCACUGCUGCUUUCUACAUGGCUUGAGUACAGGUUGAGCCCGUUGGUCGUCCGAUAUCGAAUGCACGCAGGUGAUGCACGUGAGAUACUGGAAAAGUAUGAGGGACUAUUCAAAGCAAAGUGGUCAGCUGACUUUUAG